GUAUUGUUAUUGUAUAUCAACAAUAAGAAUUAAUUGAGAAAGUGAAGCCGAGGAUGAAAUUUAGACAUUUUUCGGUCAAAAUACCUGUACUAUUUAUUUUAUUUAUAUUUUUAGUUAAUUAUAAUUCAAGAGCGAAAAUUAUUACAACUCAAGAAUUAAUAGAAAAAGGCAAUUUUACUAAUCACCUAAAAAACUCGAAUCCUGUUUCAAAAGUCAUAAAAAAUAUAAUGUUAAGAAUAAAACGGGACAAUAGGACUGAAAAUACUAAGUCAAGAAACUAUAAAAAUCCUACAAUUGUCAUCAAGGAUAGCGGCAUAAUGAAAUUAAAACGAGAAGAUCAAGUGAUGAUUUUUUAUAUAACUAUAACAAAUGUUGGUACAGAUACAUUGAAAUUAAGGGUGAAUGGAGAACAAUGUUGUCAGAAAAUAACUGCAGAAGAAACGGAUUGCGAAACUAUGCAAUUGAUUGGAGGAGAAAUAGGCGAAUUGAAACACGGGGAUACUAGGAGUUUAACACUUAUGUAUCCUAAUUUAUACCUUCACGAUAGAAAAGGCUCUUGCAAAGUUUUUAUUUCAUCCAACAAUGAUAAAAUGGAAUAUAAUAUUAAUUUUGAAACGUUGCUACCGAAGAAACAUCAACCAAUUCCUCCUUUACUAUCGGACUAUCUCGCCAACAAAGAAAUAAAAGAAUGUUCGAGCGUUGAUGAAAAUCCGUUAAACGACUGUUUGCCAGUUAUUUGUUUGAUAAAGUACAGCGGAAAACGUAAUUAUUUUAAUCACACGACUCGCCGCUGCCAAAAAGUUACAGAAUGCGUUUCGGAAACGGAAAGAAAUCUGCCAGACAUUGUUUACAUUCCAGAAAGUAACACUUGUCGGAAUUUAAGUAGCAAAUUAAAGAAAGCGAUUUGA